CCAAAGCAUCGGGAAUACUGGCGAAUCUCAAGAAAACGCGCCUCCGGUUUCAGUCUCAGUACAACCUCAAGUCCAACGACGCCGCAUCGCCUGUUCCGCAGCUGCGAAAAGUGAACUCAACAUGGAACGAUAAGCCAACCGAACGCGUAAACUCCGUCGAUCGGAACAAUUUCGCUUCGAAGAAGAUCGAGCACAAGUCCACGAAGGCGAUCUUGAAGUUUUGGAAGAAACUGAAACCUCGCAGAAACUCGAAGAAACAACUGGAACCUGUCUCAACCGAGUCACUGAUACCCGUUGCUAAAGAAACUUUUCUCAGAGGGAAUGUUAGUCAUGUCGAAGAAAGGAUGAGCGCAAGAUCUCAACGAGGUGUCCACGAGACGACGAUCAAACGAUUCCCAACUCCGCGAGUGAAUCAGCCAAAUCGUGCGCCAAAGCCAGCGAUAACUUACGAUUAUGACGCUGCGGUUAGUCAGCCGGACGUACCGGAUUUCCUCAAUUUUAAGAAGGCUGGCCGUGGCGUGAUGGUUAGUGGAGUUCCGCUUAAAAAGAGAGCCCUAAAGACUCGCCUAAGAUGCCGAAUUAUGUCAAGGAAGAAUUUUCAGAAAAGAUCUCAGACAUUCAGGCCGAGGUCGGUUGUCCAAAGGCACGCAAAGGUUCCUGACCGCAGGUAUACGAAAAAACCGAUUGCCUCUUCUGACGUUUCCGAAGAAGAAACAGAUGUUCUUGAGAAAGAGAAUGUUACCGAUAACGGUACAAACAUUGACGAUUCGUCGGUUUACCGGAAGAAAGAUGCGAAAAAUGUUUACAAGGACGGAAAUGAGACGAUCGAGAGCAUCGGUGAUAACCAAAUCACGGGAAGGAAAGAAAAACACGAGAGACCAGACGAUUGCGAUAGUGUCACAGCAAAGUCGCCGGUUCUUCAAGGCAAGAGCAGCAAAAUUCCACGCGCUAAGACCACGGCUUUCCCGGUUCAAGAACUUCACUCGCAGACAAAGAAGACAGGUAACAAAGUGAAGAAUUCGACGUGCUUGAAUUGUACAUCGAUCAAUUGUGCUCCCAAUGUUGAAGUAUUAGAAAGAGAGGUAGAAAGGAUAGCUAACAAAAUUCAAGGAAGAAGCUGCGAACAAGACGUGGUUCGCUUCGAAGAAUUUCAAAAUGUUGCAAAGAUGUGGAACAAAGAAGAAAGUUCGGCAAGAAAAGGGGAAGAAGAAACUGAAGACGAUCGUGGAUUGACCUCGACGGAUGAUUCUCCAGCUAUUAGCAAGAUCAAUGAUCGACGCGUUGCGACGAUCUUACGAUCUCUGAAAUUAAAUUGUCCAUGUAAAUCGUGCAGUAAUCACGAACCUCUUUCGAGCAGUCGACAAGAGGACGACAGUGACUUGAAGAGUACAUCCCCGAACGAAAGCAGAAAGAAAAGAUGGCCAUUGAAACACCGGAAGUAUCUUGAUACGAGUACGGAAGACGUGGACGCCUCCUCCGAUGACAACGAAGAAAACGAUAAAAAGAAGAAAAGGAAUCGAUUGAAAGCGAAGGUUCCUUUGAUGCAGCAGGUUAAAACUAGCUCGAUAAUAAACACAUCACCGAAAAUUUCUACUCGACGAACGAGUUUCUCCUUUUUAAACACCCUUUUUGAUAUCGUCUUUUGGCCUUAUUUGUUUUUGAAAACAAAUCGUUGAAAAAAUUCAGUUCGACGUUUUAUAACUUGUUA